UAUUUGAUAAAAAGUUGGCAUCGAUUAACAAUGUUCAACGUCAUACGAUUUUUAAAGAUAUUCGCUGUGAUAUUUGUAAGCCUUGUAGAUUGCUUUGAAAAUGACUAUCUGGACUUGGAAGGGUAUAUUUCUCAAUCCCAGGAGAGUGGUAGGAAUGAAAUUAAAAAGAUUCUACAACCGGUGAACCAUUUUGAUGCUCAAGACACGAGAACUUGGAACAUGACCUAUAUUCAAAAUCUAGAAUUUUGGAAACCAAAUGGACCGAUAUAUAUAAACAUUGGUGGUCCAUUUCCAUACGAAGUUCAAAACAACAUUUUCAAGAAGGGAUUCUUUCUCUAUGACCUUGUGAAUGAAACCAACGGGGCUUUAUUCGGUUCGGAACAUAGAUACUACGGAUCAACUACACCAUUGAACCUUACAAAGACAGAUAACCUAAAAUAUUUAAACUCACAACAAGCUCUUGCUGAUGUAGCAAAAUUAAUCAAAUAUGUGAAGUCAAUGUUGAAGGCUGAAAAUUCAAAAGUCGUUGUGGUUGGUGGAAAUAUGGAUGGAAAUGCAGGGAAUUUGGCUGCAUGGAUGAGGCUGUUCUAUAGCGACUUAGUAGACGCAGCAGUCUCAGCUAGUGGAGCUGUUCUGGCUAAGGCAGACUUUAAAGAUUACUAUGAAACCGUUGGUGAAAAUUUUUUGAAAUACGGCACUCCGGGUUGUUACGACAAAAUAGCCAAACUGUUUAAUAAAUUCCAAACUCUACUUAGUACUCCGGAAGGUAUAAAACAGCUUAAAAAAGAAGAUGAUAUAUGUGAUUUUGUCGAUAUGUCCAAGAAAGAAAAUCAACAAAUAUUUUUCAGUAAAAAUUUAUUUUCUUUCAGAAUAUUUUCUGCUAUUGCCAAUGAUGCUGAUUAUUUCAAAGUUGUAUGUGAGAAAAAUUUCAAUGAUACUAGCAUAAAAUCAAAAUUACCCCAAUCGAAAAGUGAUCAUAUUGCAAAGGAUGGACAAGACUGGUGUAAUAACUAUGAUUUUGAUUUCAAUUUCAACACACCAACAAAAUUUCCUUUGUUGUACCAAAUGUGUACAGAAUUCGGAUCUUUCCCGACCACAGAAGAAGGUAAGCAUCCUUUUACCAAUGGUGUACCAGUGGAAUACUACUACAAGGCAUGUAAAGUACAAUUUGGACCCGAAUUUGGUAAAAACAGAAUCGAAGACGCGGUUAAAGCUACAAACGAAAUGUACGGAGGCCUUCAUCCAAACGUAACAAAAGUGGUCUUUGUCAAUGGCGAAUUCGACCCUUACCGGAAACUUGGUGUCACAGAAAACUUGUCAGACGAUGCUCCGGCGUUUGUCAUUGCAAAUUCUGGCCGUGCUGGGCUGCUCGAAAAUAAAGAUAGCAAGAACAAGGAGCUAAUAGAGGCUAAGAAAAAAGUGAAGUCAUUGAUAAAAAAAUGGAUUGGUUUGUGAAAAUUUGGUACUAUGUUAAUACUAAUAUAAUGCGGGGCGCCUUUGCCUGGUUUGGAAAUUGCUAUACAGUACAAAAUUAUCAGCGUAUUCAGUUAAAUUACUAUUUUGUAUUUUUAUUGAAUUGAUAUUCAAUUAUUUUUUGUGAAAUUACUCCACUAGUUUGUUAUAAUUAUUAAUACAAAGAUCGAAC